GGAUUCUAUGGUAGUGAUAGCGGUACUAUUACUCAAGAUGAUUGAGAAGAUGUAGAAUGGGUACCAAGUUGCUGAUCCCGAUCUCCCAAGAAUCACAACUGAAUGUUGUUUUAGAGUGAAGAGCCAUCAGUUGACGGUUAACCUUGUCGAUAGAGAGAGACAUUGUUCAUAACAAUUAAGCAUGGGUUGGUUCUCAUCAUCAAAGAUGUGCACCAUUAAUAUUGUGAUGGCUUUCCUGGUGUCCAUGAUCUCAAAGGGAUUGGCUCUGUCCAUCAGUUUAAGCGAUAUGGAAUGCGUAUCAGAGCAUGUUUUUCAUGAUGGUGACAUCGUUUCUGGCAGUUUUGUUGUCAUGGACCAUGAUAUUUUCUGGAAUUCUGAUCAUCCUGGCAUUGAUUUCACUGUGACAGGUCCAGGUGGAAGCGUGGUGCACUCUUUGAAGGGAACGUCGGGGGACAAGUUUGAGUUCAAAGCGGUGCAAAAUGGGAUCUACAAAUUCUGUUUUAUUAACCCUGUUUCAACUCCUGAGACUGUUUCUUUCUACAUUCACAUUGGCCACAUUCCUAAUGAAAAUGAUUUAGCCAAAGAUGAGCAUUUGGACCCUAUCAAUGUGAAGAUUGCAGAGUUAAGAGAGGCAUUGGAAUCUAUUGUAUCAGAGCAGAAGUAUUUGAGAGCGCGGGAUGCCAGACAUAGAUACACAAAUGAGAGCACUCGAAGAAGGGUAGUGUUCUACACAGUGUUGGAAUAUGUGUUGUUCGCUGCAACGAGUAUAUUGCAAGUCGUAUACAUUCGUCGCCUCUUCAGCAAAUCUUUUGCUUACAACCGAGUCUAGUCCUACUUCUACCCUUGUAAUACAUUAUCAAAUUUAAACACCAUAAAAUUGUUAAGGACUAGAAUUUUUUUCUUGGUUUCAUUUGUUUGCUUUAGUUAGAUAGAAAUUUGAGCCUUCUUUUUUAUGAUAAUAAGUAAUGUACUGUGAAUGAUAUGUAAUAUGCAGAAGUUUGGUUGUAUUAGAAUUUAGAGUUAAACGAAUUAUUGAUUAUAUUAUAUAAGAUGAGAUUACUAAUAUAGCAA